AUGAGCAUGUCGUAUUCAUCAUCUUCCACCGUACACGGCAAAAAGAAAGAGGAUUCCAAAAGCAGCAGCUCUAGUUCCGGUCGUUCCAUGGCACGGGCGCAGCAGAUUGAGGCGGCUCUUUCCGACUUGGAAUCCUCGUUUGAACGUGAUAGUCACUCGGCCCGAUAUACGUCGCAUGUUCUCGAUAUUCGCAGCAACAGCAACAAUAGUGGAGCUGACGAUAUCGACGACUUUUCCAUUACGAGCCGUCCGAGUUCCGCGGGGUGGUUUGAUGAUGAUGAUGAUCCAGAUGCUGGUAUCGGUACUACUAGUACCACCGAACCUAUUACUGCAAAAAGUGACAGCAACGACGACAGCAUGAUGAUUAAUUUGUGGCAACGACAACAAGACCUUCGCGAAACGGUCGAUCAGAGUGUCAAUUUGAUGGACCCCAAGGCGGCCAAGUACGAGGGAGAUGCGCUUCGAAGUACCGGUUUGGAGGGGUUUCGCGAUUUGAAGAAGAAGAACAGUCGCUAUUCCAACAAGGGGGAUUCUUUCAGCUUUCCAUUCUUGCCAUCUGGAUUUGGAGAUUUGCAGUUGAUGGAGACUGAAAUCAAGAGACGAGUGCAUGAUCCACAGAAACAGCAACAACAAGACAACAACAGGGCAGGCUGGAAAUGGAUCCUUCUUGUAACUUGCUUCUUUGUGGUCGUGGCUGUUUCGGUGACUGUCACAGUUAUUGUGGUAGAGCAACAACAUAGCAAAGCAACUCACAGUACUCAGGAAUAUGAUGGUGCUGUCAAGACUAUCCUUGAUACAUCAUCUGCCCAAGAGAAACAACGACCUGGUGUUGGCUUACCCUCUGAAUCUCGCUCUUGGGAUGAUGAUGCCAUGAACUCUGUUGGAAGUGAUGAAGGUGAAACUGCUCCCCCGGAUACUUCUUCAGGCACUAGUAGGAGCCAUGAUUACGAAGUAAUCACCAACAAGGACAACAUACCAAUGUUUCGUCCAACAACGGUGACUCUGCCAGCCAAGACCCGAGCUCGUGCCAUGCUGGCUCUGCUACUGGAAUUUCAAGUUUCUCCACCGGAUACCAUUCUUGGCAAAGACAAAGGAUCGGCAGCGUACCGUGCGUUGCAGUGGAUUGCAGAUGAAGAUCCAGCCAAGCUACCCUUUCCCCAUUUCUACUAUCAGUCGGCCCAUACGGCAAAGCUCAGUCGCCACGAUCAAGAACAACCGGAAUGGAGAGACGACUCCUUUGCCAUUCAACAGCUCCUGCAACGCUACGCCAUGGCCGUGUUUUACUAUUCGCUCGAAAAGCCGCACACCACCGACGAGGCCACCGCCGACCAAGUCCUGGAGGACACGGUGGCAGCACUCAACCACGAAAAGCUUCAACAGAGUUGGCUCACAAAGGAUCAUCUUUGCCAUUGGCGUGGCAUUGAUUGUGGAACCUACGACCAUGGAGGGAAAGCGGGAGUAGAAUCUAUUCACAUGUCGUCGGUAGUCAGCAUCAAUUUGACGCGCCAUCACCUCUACGGAACGCUGCCACCCGAGUGGUUCUCGGGUACAGCUUUGCCAGACCUUGCCAGUGUUGACUUAUCGGGCAAUCACCUGCAUGGGUCUCUUCCAGACGUUGUAUCAAUGACUCCCAGACAGGAAGACGUGGACAACAAUAGCAAUCAGCACAAGAUCACAACUGGCAAAGCCGAAUACACUUUGCGCUUCCCACAAAACACCAACAGCAGCUUGGUGUCCUCAC